CGAGUUAGUUAACGGGGGCUGUUGUUUCUUCCUAGCCGUCGGAUCAAUCAUAUCUGGGUCCUACUCCUGUUGUUUUCCAGGCCCCACGGUCCCUAGCCCACGUCACCCGCACUAAGCUGCUGCAGCAACUAUUUGUUCCCAACAUAUUAUCCAAAAUAUUUAGACCCCUCGAUCACACACACCGAUACACACAUCAAUUUCGCUCAGGUUCAGAUAUAAAAAAUGUCUAGUGGGGACAUAAGGAAGGUUUCGCGCCAGGACAUACAGCUGGUACAAAAUCUCAUAGAACGAUGCCUUCAGUUGUACAUGAGUCAAAAGGAAGUUGUGGGGACACUUUUACAGCAAGCGAAGAUUGAACCUGGUUUUACCGAACUCGUCUGGCAAAAGCUUGAAGAAGAGAAUCAGGAAUUUUUUGAGGCAUAUCAUCUGAGACUGGUGGUAAAAGAACAAAUAAUAGAAUUCAACAAAUUGCUUGAAAAACAGGCUGAGCUAAUGCAUCAGAUACGCCCAAUUGGAGCUGCUCCGCUUCCUAUAUCAAAUGGAUCCCAUAUCCAACAAAUGCACCAAAAUGCGGCAUGCUUUGGCCCAGAGCAAACAGGUGCUGACAUGAAGCAAGAGCUCUUGCAUCAGUCUAUUGGCUCCAACUUAUCUAAUGCCUUUGGUAAUGGCAUGUCAUCACUUCAUCCGUGCAUGCAACCUUCAGUCGAUAUGUCCAUCCAUGCUAGAAGACUAGAUGUCCCUCCAAACAUGCUUUUCGCUCAGAACUCAAACUUGGGAAUGGUUCCAACAGUGAAUGGUGGAAUGAUGAAAACAGAAGCUGGAUAUGCAGGCUCUUCCCAGUUCAUUUAUGGUGCUAAUGGCAAUGUCUUGGAAGCACGUUCUGCAAUGGUGGAUCCAUCUAUUCCAUCUUUUGGAGGUGUAGAGUCCAACCCCCAACAGCCAAGUGAGACGAUCUUGGAUCCUGACACGUCCUCAUUUGGAUUUCUAGGCCAAAUUCCUAGAAAUUUCAGUCUGUCAGACUUGACUGCUGAUUUCUCAAAUAAUGAUAUAUUAGAGAACUUUUCCAGGUCACCCUUUCUGGCAACUGAUGGAGACAACUUUUUGGAUCCCAACGGCAGGACAGAACAUCAAGAAGAUAUGAAGAGGUUGGACACUAUAUCAGAAGGCUUGAGCUAUGAAGACUUUGGCAGUGAUUAAUUGGAAUAUCUCUAAGGAUUCAACUGAAAAUUUGUAGGGAGCAGCCUUUUUGUGUACAGCUUUGCAGAAGUGGGGAGAUUGGUGGUUCUGAACUUUUAGAAGUUUUUGAUUGACUACAAGCUGUUGAAAAAUAACCUGUUCAUGGAGAAUGGAAUUAGAUUUUAGGUUAUAAUAGUUUGAACAAGAUUUGUAGAGAUUCACAGGCAACCUUGUUCUGCAGCAUGAAGUUAAAAUAUUUUGUAAUACUAAAUUUGAUGCCUUUGCUUAUGAUCUAUAUGGAAUAGAAAGUUAUGUCA